GCUGAUUGUCCUAUGCUUGGUCGUCCAGAGCCUGGGAGUUUCUUCCGCCGCGAGCUGCAGAGACCCAGAAUCCCUCGAUAUUGGGGCCAUGCGGCUUGACGCCAAGAAACAGCUUACUCUCAGCAAUGUUCCCAACAGUUACGUCGAGAAAACAACCCACAUUCACAGACAUGACGCCUCGUGUCCUAGUAAAAAUGACAUCAUGAAAGGCGGGAAAUCAAGAACUUCUCUUUGCCCAACAUAUGAAGAAACGGAUGUUGACGUCAACAGAAUUCCGAGAAAGGUCGUUCAGCGCCGGUGUAAGUGUGUCAACUGUCUACCCGUCUUUGACAGUUCCAUGGGAAGCCGGACGUUCUCCAGGUGUGUGCCCACCUUCCAGUACCAGAUGGUUCUCCGGAGAGUCGGUUGUCAGGAGGGACUGUACCAGUAUAAACCAGUCAUGGAACCUUUCGUCGUCGGAUGUUCAUGCAAACUUUUCUUUAAGAAGUAGACCUGCAUGCUGACUUGAAAAUGUCAAUGUGAUACAACAUAUAUAUCCCCUGUAGCUCUGUGUUGAUUUGUUUAUCAUCUAUUUUUUGAUAUUAUAUAUUUACAUUUGUGAUUUAUUGUUUAUUGUUGUGUAGUUGUCUCAGUAAAUACAGGGUUUUGUAUACAAAUCAUUCAGUA